GUAGUUUUUUAUUUAAAAAAGAAAUAUCAAAUUUUGGUUAUAAAUGGAAUUUUCAUAAUUUAUUCUAGUUGGUUCUCUGGAUUGCGCAGUCGGUUAUCGCAAUUAGUUAUGCCAGAAUGGCUGAAUCAGCUCGGCAUUGUUAGUGGUUUUCAACAAAAUUCCAAUCGUGAUUCUUUGCAGUCUUCACCGAAACCGUCUUCAAAUGAAAAGAGUCAAAAUUUAAAUACCGAUCUGUGGAAUACCAGUGAAAAUUACGAAGAUAGUUUAACUGUUCAACAUUUUGGCCCUUUAAAGAAUUUAAUUAAUUAUUGCAGUCAGCCUGGGAAAGGACAUAAAUUUCAAUUAAUGUUCGCUGCUCAGCCAACUUGGUGCGAUAAAUGUGGUGAUUUUAUGUGGGGAUUUCUAACACAUGCUGUAAAGUGCGAAACUUGUAAUUAUACAUGUCACUCAAGAUGCUCCUCAUUAGUCACUUUGGAUUGCAAAACAGCGGAAAGCAGCGGAAAAUCAACCGAAAGUUUGUGUGCAACACUAUCUUCAAUUAAUAAAACAACACCGAUAUAUCCCGAUUUAAGUUUUCUAUCGUCUUUAGACGAAUCAUCUCAGGAAGAACUUGAUUUUUGCAAUGAAUGCCCUCUUAAAGAGCAGGAGGCAGAAAAGGCAUUCGAUCAUUUUUCUGGAUCAGUACAAAUUCAUAUGAACUUUACUCGACCAAUUAAUAUUGUUGCUGAUCAGUCAGGAUUUUCAUUAGUUGAUAAUAACAAUGAAAACUCAUCAAUGAAGUCAGUAAAAACUAUAACAACAUUUUUCUUACCAAGAAAUACUAUCAAAAAUGUCAACAUUAGCAGUAAAAUGACUACAAGGGAAAUAGUUGUCACACUUCUUCGAAAAUUUAAAGUCGCUGACAAUCCGAGAAAAUUUGCGCUAUAUGAGCGUGUUUUUGCUGAUUCAAUUGAUCAAACAAUUCGAAAAUGUGAACUAAUUCGGAUUAAUGAUGAUGCCUAUCCUUUGAGGAUGGUCAAUGAAUGGCGACAAUCUGGUUUGGUGAGGCAGCUAGUCCUUCAAGAGAAUGAUACUGGUGAUAUUUUGUGGGAUAUGUUCGAGAUACCCGAGCUUGAAAAUUUUCUCGUUAUACUUGCAGAUGAGGAAAAACAAUACCUAUUUCGUAUUCGGCAAAAAUAUGAUGUCUAUAGGUAUUAUUUGAAUCAAGCUUUACGAAAUCAUGGUUGCACUACAGGAAUUGGUGAUGAAUCUGGUUGUUUCCCAGAGACUACGAAUCAUAUUUAUGAAAAUGUUUCUUUUGAGUAUCAAUAUUAA